AUUGUAAGUCCCUUCCACUACUUAAAGCCCAGCUACGCACUUUCCCUCAGAAAGCAAAAGUCCAGAACUAAGCCACUGCUCUAUUGGUUUUUGGACACAUAUCUGCCACCUCUUUCAGUGACAUAUACGAUCACCAUGAUCUCAAAGCCACAUGCUGCCAUCCUCUGCAGCCCUGGCAUGGGCCACCUUAUCCCUGUCAUUGAGCUCGCAAAACGACUUGUCAACCACCACAACGUCACCGUCACCAUCUUCGCCGUCCAGUCCAAUACUUCCAAGGCUGAAUCCGAGCUCCUCAAGGCAGCCACGAGCCCGAAAUUCUGUGACAUCAUUGAACUCCCACUGCCGGACAUUUCCGGCCUCCUUGACCCCGACGCCGGUAUCGUCAUGAAACUCUCAGUCAUGAUGCGAGAAAUACGACCUGCUUUUCGGUCGGCAAUUCUGGCCGAGGACUCUCCUCGUCCCACCAUCCUUAUCGUGGACCUCUUUGGCACUGAAUCUCUCCCCAUUGGCGACGAGCUUGGGGUUCCCAAGUACGUUUACAUUGCUUGCAAUGCAUGGUUCUUAGCGUUGACUGUCUACGUGCCAAUUCUCGAUAAGGAAGUGGAAGGAGAGUACGUGGACAACCAACAGUAUUUGGAAUACGUACGGAUGGGGGUUGAAAUACCAAGGAGUGAUGGAAUUUUGCUCAAUAUCUGGAAGGAUUUGCAGCCCAAAACAUUGGAUGCAUUCAAGGAUGAGAGCCUCUUGGGUGGAGUGGUUAAGGUGCCGGUUUAUCCUAUUGGACCUUUGACGAGAUCGGCCAAAUCAGCCGGUCCAACAGGUUUAAGGGACGGCGACUUGUUUAACUGGCUGGACAAGCAACCCAGUGAGUCUGUGAUAUUUGUGUCAUUAGGCAGCGGGGGAACUUUGACCUACGAGCAAAUGACAGAGAUGGCGUGGGGUUUGGAGCUGAGCCAGCAAAGAUUCAUUUGGGUUGUUCGACCACCCACCUCAAAAGGCGCAGAUGCUGCUUUUUUCACUUCAGGAAAAGGAGAUGAUGACCCGUCGAGCUAUUUGCCCGAAGGGUUCUUGACCCGAACCCGAGAGAUUGGGCUGGUUGUGCCUAUUUGGGCUCCCCAAGUGGACAUCUUAAGCCAUCCAUCAAUAGGAGGGUUUUUCUCACACUGCGGCUGGAAUUCAACCCUAGAGAGCAUCAUCAAUGGAGUGCCAAUGAUCGUGUGGCCUCUCUACGCAGAGCAGAGGAUGAACGCCACGUUGUUGAGUGAUGAGCUUGGCGUGGCCGUGAGAUCUAAAGUUCCUCCAUGGAAGGGAGUCGUUGAAAGGGAGGAGAUAAAGAGAAUGGUGAGAAAGAUAAUGGUGGAGGAAGAUGGGAUUGCAAUAAGGGGUAAGGUCAACGAGCUAAAACUGAGUGCAGUCAAAGCUUUGAGCCAAGGUGGUUCUUCGUAUAAUGCACUGUCUCAAGUGGCAAGUACAACUAAAUGAGCAUUAAUUCUGCUUGUGAUGUAGGACAAGAUAUGGGUUAAUUCUGAUGGGAAAUAUUAAAUAAAUAAAGUGGUUUAGAAAUGGGAAAGAAAUUGUGUUAGAGCGGAAAAUUUCGAUUAAGUAUCAAUUAUGGUGCUAGGAAAAGAAGGAAGGCAUAUCGUUGGGAUUUUCGGAUUGCUUGAGCAAGUUUGUAGCACUAUGGAUUGUUGUAAGAUUUAUAUUUUAUUUUAUUUUAUAUUUCAA